AUGCGUCUCCUGCGUAAGCAGCAUUAUGGUUGGCGAAGACACUUUUUGAGAGUUGAGGAGAUACGCUAUGUGAAGGUUACGAUUGACAAGAACAAAGCAACCGAUAUGAGUUAUCCCAGCCUACCACCAGAUGACCAUAGGGGAUACCAAUACGAACCCAGACCAGCGAUACGCAAGCCUCCGCUGCCCCCUAAGCAUCUGGCAUCGGCUUUCCAUGCUAUGGGCAUGGCUGAUCGCAACGACGACGAUUCCACCGUGAUGUUUCGUAGUCUGCCACGGCUGACAGAUACUGCAAAGUUCCACACACUUCAAGGCUUCAAAGCUGAAAAAGAGGAUGUGUGGGGAAUAGCCAUCGUUGAGGGCUAUUCUGCUCUCGGUCCUUUGUUGGUUAUGUGUGGAUUUUGCAUUGCCAUGCUGAUCAUCUUCACCCUAUGGGCCACGCUCUCUCCCAACACUUGUGAGAAGCUCAGCAAGGAAGCCAUAGUCGCGAUUAUUAGCGUCAUAGUAGCGCUACCUGGAACGAUCAUACCUAUAUGCAUGCUGAUCAUGUCGGCUCAAAAGCACGAGGAUGAAGUCUACAUACUCCGGGGUGUCAUACAACCUCACAUCGCGCUGGACUACGCCGCACUCAAUCCAUGGCUGAGGUUCAUGGUAAGAUCUACGCGACGUUGCUACUCUAUUUGGCGACGGUGUCUAUCUUCUGUCAUCCCUUGGUUCGCCUUCGAAACGUCGAACCGUGUUCUCGAAUCCCAUACUGCGUCCAAUUCUGUGUCCGUUCACCAAAAUUCAAGUCGGUCGAACGGCAUACCUGAAGGGGCAUCAGGUAGCUCUGGACAUGAGCGACCGAACAACACAAACGCUGGUGAAGGUUUCGUUCAUGGUGUCGACUUCAGCUUUCGCAGUCUUGAUAAUGGAGAAGGCGGCGAGAACAAUGGCGAUAACAACGGCAAUGGCGGGGGCACCGAUGAAGGUGACAGCAACUCUAACGGCAGUGGCGAUGGGAAUGGUAAUGGUAACGGCCUCUACACGAUAGAUCCGCAAGAGCCAGACCUCGAAGCAGGACACCUUUACCUACACAUUAUCAUGGGCGCUGGCAAAUCUGGCAAAAAGCAAGUCGCAGUCGAAGUAACGGGGAUUGACAACGACUACGACCUGUUCAGUCAACUGAGGGAGGCCUACCGUAAGCGCCGCCCAUGGUCAUAUCCGAUGCUCAUGGUCAAAUCCAUCAGCCCGGCUCAAUUUCGACUUUUCAACCACGUCGACGUUGGCACAGUUGACCACGAUGACGCCGCGAAGACCAUGCCUGAUAUUCACAACCCUCCCUCGGAGUACGAGUUCAGCUACCUGCCUCGAGAACCCGUUCCCGAACCCCCACUUCUGCGUCCUGAACAACUGCUCUCGCUCUUCUACAACCCAGCCAAAUCGAUACACAUGAGCCCCCAUGGGCCCGUUGAGUACGAAACGCAAUGUUAUAUGCGCUCCCCUAAACGCCGAGGCGCAUUGGUAUUUACGAACAACAAUGGCUUUCCGACGGGCUUCGGCUUUGAGAUCGAAGAGGAACUGGAUAAAAAGUUCAUACUGGCUUGUGAACUCCUCAUUAUUGUUGUAUCCAUACUGACAGCGGUGCUGUACAUAGGCCUCAUGAAAGGGGAUCAGAAGUUUGGGUCGGCUGCUACUAUUGGGGGUUACAUCUUUGUGUUGUUGAAUUUCCUUUAUCUUUGUAUCAUCGCGGCGACAGAGAAGUACAGGCUCUGGGCGUAUUAG